AUGCGAUGGUUCUUGUUCAACAAGAAACAAUAUGCAGAUGCGAAGUUGCCACCAACAAGCCAGCAACGUUGCCUUAGUAUGCAGUGCUCGACACUAACGCUAGUCCACUAGCCUAGGACUAGUGGAACUUCAUCAAAGGCUAGUAAGAAUGUACUCCUACUAGCCCCUAGACUAGUUAUUUACCUAAAAUGCUUUAUGAGUGGUUAGUUUAUAUAGCUUGAGUAUUAUUCCCUUUAUUUCAUUUUAUCAUAUAUAUAGUAUUAUUUCAUUUAAAGUGGAGUUGGAGGAGGAGCCUGGAGAGGAGGAGAGGACUAGUUCCUAACCCCCUGGUAUUUUUCUCUGUUGUUUUGUUUGGACCAGUGACUAAAUGUCUUCAUGAGCUAGUGAUUUAUUUCACUUACUAGCCCAUUGCCUAGUGUCCAAAAAAGGUAGUGUCAAGCACUGGUAUGGAAGGAGUGUGGUAUCCCAUGCCCAGAUAUUCCUCUCCCAACAUCUCACGGAUGGAUCCAAGAUGGCAACAGACUACAGACUCUUCCAAUUACCCUACUUCCUGCACCUAAGGCUGUCCUUAAACUAAUCAAGUGCGGUUGCAGAGGAAGUUGCAUCAACUAA